GGUCCACCAGGGUCCGUUGUUGUGUGUUGCUGAAGUGAGAGAAAGCAAACCGGCGGCAUCACUUUUCUGGUUAUUUCUCCAAUUGGGUUAGGAACUCCCAGACUCGUGCAAUUGAUUCUAUUCACUUGCCACCCCGACAAACACACUCUCCUUGCGUCGCCUCUCAAGUGAGCGAGCUGUGAAGCACUCGCAAAUCCAAGUCAGCAUGGCCUGGGGAACACAGCACACGCAGACCCCGCCGUCUCCAGUGAAACAAUUGCUCCCCCUGAUCAUCACGCUCGUCAUCCUGAGCGUGGUGGCCUGGGUCGGCUACCAGAUCUACCUGUCAAUGGUGAAGAUCCAGGCGCAGGCGCGCAGGCAGAUGGGCGACAACGUCGUCUUCACCAAGGCCGGCGUGCGCGUCCAAGUGCAGGACCUUGGGACCGAGUCGUACGUGGACAAGACGCAAAGCUGGGUCGUGAAGGCGUGGAAUCUGGGCUCGGCCUCGAAUGCCCAGGAUGAGGCAACAAAGCGGAAGCGGCACGUUAUUACAAAGUCGAAACCAGAAGGAAGCCACCACCAUCACUAGUCAAGUUGUUGGAUGGCUUUGCAGCGCUGGCAGCCCGGCACACCGCUCUUGUGGUGUGCUCAGCUGUGGGAGGCAGCGGUCGCAGCGUCGCGUUCACCCGAGGGAUGGUAAGAGGCAUGGAUCAUGAGUGCGCUGGUCCGAUUCUCCGGGUCGGGACGUUCUCAGCCCCUUCCACCUCGGGGGUGUAGUUCAUACAGGCAAACUGGCGAAUCCAAUACCGACUCUGUCAGACCCUCAGGGU